UUGCUGAUCCCAGCAAGCACGGCGAUGGGGGGUUCCUGAGUAAAGGAGUCAUACUGCUGCCCAGCUGCAGCUGCUUGGAUCCCCAAGAGAAAUUGGAGUCUAUGGCUGCACUCUGGAAACGCAAAUGUCUAAACCUCCCAACCAGUCUGCGACUAGGGGAGAAUUGUAGGACUGGAAGGGACUGCAAGAGGUCGUCUAGUCCAGACCUUUGAGCUCGUGGCAUAACUACCGCCAGAUCACAGCUCUGAGAGCAUCAUCGUUACCACUCAGCCACCCCCGAGGUAGCCAUGUGACUAAUCAGAACCAAACAAACAGUGAUGACAAGCCUGGAUUCCAGGAAUAGAGCCUGCAGCAAAUUUUGUGCUGCAAUCCAGUUGGGCAGCAUCACCACACGUCCCCUGUGAGUUGGCCUCCUGCAGUUUGCCAUUGGCCAUGACAGGGUUAAAGCUGGUGCACACUAAGCGAAGCAGAUACUGCCUGCUGCCUGUGCAACCUCUCCAAUAACUCCUUGUCCUUUAUGGUGAAGAUCUCUGGUGUCAGCUGCUCCAUGGCUAACAGGAAUUAGGAAGGAAAGUAAAAACUCCUGGGACCUGCCCAGUACAUCAUGUCAGCUGUCAAUGACACCAUAUUGAACUCUGCAGUGUUCCUUCUCACCGGGGUACCUGGGCAGGAAGACGUCCAUCUCUGGAUCUCUGUCCCCUUCUGCUUAGUGUAUGUUAUUUCAAUAGUAGGAAAUUCAGUCAUUCUGUUCAUUAUAAAAACAGAUCCCAGCCUCCAUGAGCCCAUGUACAUUUUCCUUUCCAUGUUGGCCGUCGCAGACCUUGGCAUGUCAAUAACCACCAUGCCGACGAUACUGGGCAUAUACUUGUUUAACUCUAGGGAGAUCAGCCUCGAUGCCUGUUUUACCCAGCUGUUCUUCAUCCACUCACUGUCAUUCAUUGAAUCCUCCAUUCUCUUGUUGAUGGCCUUUGACCGCUUCGUCGCAAUCUCUAACCCACUGAGAUAUGCUUCCAUCCUAACUCUUCCGAGAAUAGCCAAGAUGGGACUGGUGUUUGUGUUAAGAGGGUUUGUCCUAACAUUCCCACUCCCCUUUCUCUUGAAGCGGUUCCAAUACUGUCGAGCCAAUGUCCUCUCCCAUUCCUACUGCCUGCACCAGGAGGUCAUGAAGAUGGCUUGCUCAGAUAUCACAGUCAACAGCAUCUAUGGUUUGUUUAUUACACUCUUAAUGGUGGGGUUGGAUUCGCUGCUCAUCUUCCUCUCUUAUGUGAUGAUUCUCAAAACAGUGCUGAAUGUUGCAUCCCCCACGGAGUGCCUGAGGGCCCUGAACACCUGUGUCUCCCACCUCUGUGCUGUUGUUCUCUUUUACACACCAGAGAUCGGCUUGUCUGUGUUACACAGAUUCGGGAAGGGCUCUCCUCCAUUGCUUCAGAUUCUCCUGGGCUAUGUCUACCUGCUGGUCCCGCCUCUGAUGAAUCCAAUCGUGUACAGCGUGAAAAGCAAACACCUUCGUGCGAGGAUAAUCAGGGUGUUUGUCAAGUGA